ACACAGGAGACACACUCUACUACAAAUUUACUUCUGACAUGAGCAACACUGAGUGGGGUUAUAAGUUUACAGUGACAGCAGGUCAUCUGGGAAGGUUUCAGACAGGGUUUGAAAUUCUAAAGCAGAUGCUGUCUGAGGAAAGGGUCAUUCCUCACCUUCCACUUGCCAAAAUCUGGGAGUGGCAGGUGGGAGUGGCGUGUCGCCAGACCGGGCACCAGCGGCUCAAGGCCAUCCACCUGCUUCUGAAGAUAGUGCAGUGCAGCAGCCAGGGGGAUUGUGACCUCACCUUAUUGAAGCCACUUUGGCAGCUUUUCACCCAUAUGGAAAACAACUCGUGUAAUGACACGGCCAAGCCUGGUAUUCUCCUUCCUCUUCAUCGUGCACUGGCAGAACUCUUCUUUGUGACAGAAAACAGAGUUACUGAGCUUGGAUCUCUACAGGAGUAUUUGCUUGCCUUAAAUACUGAAGAUCAUCUUCAUCGCUGCACAGCACAGGCCCUGAAAAACAUUGCUGCUAUCAGCCUUGCCAUUAACUAUCCAAACAAAUCAACAAGUUUCUGGAAUGUUUAAUACUGGCUCAGGCCGGAGUGCAUGGGAUAGAGUAGUUUGUCCACAGGACAUUGGAACAAACAUCUUAACUCCCUUCAGGAGAAGUUCCUUCAGCUUCAGUGUAUGAGCACUCUGCAGCCUUCCUUCCUUCCACCUUGAUGUAGAAUUUGUAAAAGUAUCAGUGCACUUCAAUGAAAAAGCACAUCUCAGAGUAACUCAUGCAUCGCCUACAGUUAUGUAUGCACAUAUUGUAGCAUGUUAGAGUAAACUGAACAAUAUUGUUUUUUAUUCAGAGGAAGUAAAGGAAAGAACGUAGCUGAAUAUGAGAAUGGAAGGCCCCCACAUUUGUAUCAUCUGCUCCUGAGGAAACUUGAUCCUUAGAAUGUGUCAGCUUCAGAAAAUGCUGCUGAACUCGGGGUGAUGCCAUCAGCAGCAUCUGUUGUACAUCUUCAGAGUGAAACAGGCAAACCAGAAUCUGCACCAAUGGUCCACACUUGAAUCCUGACAUUUUGUUUUGGAGGCUACUUCCCAAGGAAAAGGAUUUCAAUUCCUACUAAACUGCAGGUUGUAAAACAAAUUGUGGGUGAUUUCCAAAGCAGUUGAAGGAUUCCAGUUUCACAGCAUCCUCGUGCAAGAGCUUUAUGUUUCUCCUUUGAUUCAGUCAUCUGGGUCACCUUUAUUACUUUGCUUUAUCUCUUUAUUUAUGUGUUAUUCCAGGUAGCCCAUUAUUGUAGUGCAGAGGGCAGAGGCUGGCCUUCAGUCACAGGGCAGUGGUGAUAUGAAGACCUGAAGAACUUAGAUGUUUCUCAAAAAUCACAUCUUUACAAGAAAUUGUGAGGCUUUUUUUCCUUCAGUUAUUUUGAUAUUAGUGGCUUAGGAGGUCCUUCUUGGCAAUGUUGGGAACCUGAACUCCCAGCACUCAGGGUGGGGUUAAUGAUCAAUCCUCUCUUAUCUUACAGAGCAAUAACCACAUUUCUCUUAGUGAACAUGGAAUGAAUUGCAGACCUUCUAUGCUGAAAUAAAUUGGCCUUCUUCCUGCACAGCUACAUUGGUUAUUACCUUUCAAAGAGGUAAAAAGAACACAGAAAGGUAUUUUGGGUGCCAUUGCACAGUUUGUAGAGCUGGUCUUGUCAAAUAUAAAUUCAGAUUAUUUUUAUGCUAAUUUUCUUCUUCACUUUUUCACCCCAACACUGGAGUAUGGACAAAAAAGUCAGCCAAAAGCUGUAGUAGCAACUGAAUGCAAGUUGUGUAAACCAGUGGCUCUGUCAGAAGGAAAUGUAUUUAGUGACCCUGCUUGUCCAAAAUUUGAGUAGUGCCCAAAUACCAGUGCACAGGAGCCCUGCUUUAGGGAGUGUCCUCUGAACUGAUGCUCUUAUCACUUGGGGCUGGAGUUUAAGGGUGGCCCAAUCUCCCUCUGAGAGGGAAACUUGCAGUAAUACAUCCCUCAGAAUUUUUUUGAUGAGCUCUUGUGCUGUAGAGUUUUGUUUUGACUUGUGUUCAGCCAAGUGAGUGCACAGUGAGUGCUUGAAUCAGAAUGUGAUUAUUCUGCCUGAAAGACAACUGAUGACCAAGAAGCACCAUGUGAAGCCAUUGCCUUCAGGAAUGGAGUGGCUCUAUUAGCAAAUGAGAAUGCCAGGAUUCAGGAAGAGUGUAGAAUUUGUGCAAGACUGAAAGGAAGCAGAGAGAUGCUGCUCUGAAAGCCCUCCUUGAGCAUCCUGAGUUGAUUUCCUUCAAGACAUCAGGAUGGGAAGGGAAUUACCAAGAUUGUGGUGUACUUAAUGCAUGGAUCAUUCUGUUCCCACAUCCACACGGGCUGUUUGAGUUUGCAGCCUCCCUGCAAGGGUGUCAGGGAUCCCUGGGGAACCAAGUGCUUCACACCUUGUCAUUGUUUGAACAGAUCCUGGGCACGGGGAGGUGCCCCACCAAAAGGAGAUGUUUCUAGAUUGAUGUUAGGGAGCCAUAUGGAUGGGGCAGGUGAGCACUUGGGAAUUGCUUCUCUGGAGCAGAAGGACUUCUUCACUGCCUCAGUGGGCACCCAUGGCUGAGGAAUCACAGAUAUGCAAUGGGCUGCUGAGCUGAGCUGUGCAGCUGCUGAGACCUGCCUGCUCAAAGAAGGCUUUUUCUUUUUCCACAUCAGGGAUGAAGACUGUAAAUAAACCAUUCACAGAACCUGUCACAGCUCUGUCAUAGUCACUUUUUUUUUCUGUUGGACUGUCCUUUUGCUUUCUGGAUGAAGACAUGGGGCUGCAAGGAUGACACAGGAGUGGCCAGAAUUCCUUGCUAGGCAUUACCACUCUACUUACUCUACCAGCAGUGACUGGCCUCGUGAGUCAGUCGUCUUGCCCUGAAGGAACUGUCUAGGAACAGUGUCCACUAAAUAUAAUUUCUACCCACUAGAUGGAACUGAAGGACUGUGACCUGAGUUGACACUGAAUCUGUUGCUGCCUUAUAACUCAAAUCAUUAAUUCUGGAUUUUUUAACAGACAAGAAACACUGAUUAUUUUUUUUUCUUCUGGUAGCUCUAAAGAGAGAGGAAUAGAAUACCAAUAAUGAAUAUUCAUGAUCUAUCACAUUUUAAAAAUUAUGCAGAAGUUCCAAGUAGAUGUGAAUGAUGCUAUUGAAUUGUAUAAAACUGUCUGGAAAACAGAUAUGCUGAAAAAAAUGUGCCUAAUAUAAGAAAAACUAAAAAAGUUGUCCUGCCUGAAUCACUUAUGAUGUGUUUAAAGCAAACCAUAUUAUUCCUAAUGAUACAUUUGACUUGCUUUCAUUAAACACUUAAAAACGA